GACAAUAAUAUCAAACAUGUAUAGGUGUUGGUAAUUAGCAACUUUUUCUAUUUCCUAAUUAGUAAUUAUAAAUAAGAAAGAAAAAGGGACUCCACAAUAUGGAUUGCCCUGUUGUCAGAAAGUUCUUAUCGUUAGGCGGUGAUUGCGCAGAGGAGCAAGAAAAGAAAGGGUUAGAAAAAUCAGUGAAAAAAAUGAACGAGAUUUUAUCCAAGUCUAGUUGUCAUAAACAGGCAAAUAAAAAUUCUCAUUUUUCUCUUGUUGAGGUUGAGAUCAUCAAUGCCAAGACAAAGCAGAAGAUGUGCACUCUAGAAAGGGUCGGAAACACAGUGGGGAUAUCAGUUUUAAAAGAACUUUUUCAAAAAAAAUAUCCUCAGUUCUAUACAUCACGUCAAUCCUUUCGACUUGAGCCAAAAGGAAAGUCAUUGAAAGACAGUGAUACAUUAGCAGACUUAAACUUAACAAACGAAUGUAUAUUAUACUUCAAGGAUCUUGGUCCACAAGUUGGCUGGUCAACUGUAUUUUACUGUGAAUAUGCAGGUCCUCUGUUCCUGUAUUUGCUGUUUUACAUUCGUCUACCUUUCAUAUAUGGCAGUGAAUAUGCAUUCAAACCAAGUGAACAUCAAGUUGUACAAAUAGCAGCAUUGUGUCACACCAUCCAUUAUGCAAAGAGAUUACUGGAAACCAAGUUUGUCCACAGAUUUUCACACGGUACAAUGCCAAUCGCAAAUAUCUUCAGAAAUUCAAUAUAUUAUUGGGGAUUUGCAGCAUGGAUGUCUUACUUUAUCAAUCAUCCACUAUACACUCCACCAUGUUAUGGAGAUACUCAGAUUUACACUGGAUUAGCAAUAUUUAUCUUCUGUGAACUUGGCAAUCUGUCUAUUCACCUUGCUUUCAAAAGCCUUCGUCCAGCUGGUUCGACGAAGCGUCAGAUUCCCAAACCAACUAUGAAUCCCUUCACCCUUAUGUUUAAUUUGGUAUCGUGUCCAAAUUAUACAUAUGAAGCUGGGAGCUGGAUUGGGUUUGCAUUGAUGACACAAACAGUUGUAGGUCUUCUGUUUGCAAUUGUUGGAUUUAUGCAGAUGGCACAAUGGGCACUUGGCAAGCAUCGCAAUUACAGAAAAGAGUUUCCAGAUUAUCCUCGAACCAGAAAAGCAAUUGUUCCAUUUAUCUUAUAACUUUAAUAAUUUGAAUAUUAAAUAAUUGAAGCACAUAUUUACUCUGAUUCAAGAAUGAUUAAUGCAGAGUUUGCUUGCUGGAAUUUUUUGAUUGAAACUAUUUUGGUACGUUUUAGUCUGUUUGGUGCUUGAGAUUGGUAGCCCUGUUUAGCAACAGUAAUUGUUUUUUUUUCGUAUAAAAUCUCCUUCAUAAAACGCAUUGACGGUAUGCAGUGCUUUAGUGACAACUCGCAAUUAACAUUCAAUAAUAUUAUUUUGAAGUAUUUUCCGCGAUAAUUGUCCAAUUAUAUUAUGGGAUUAUAGGUAUUUGACUAUGGUUUUAAUCAUUCUGUUUCGCAUAAUAUGUUUUUUCUUAUGAUACCCGAACGAUUUGUUCUUUGUGUUUUUGCGAUUAUGACGUGUUUGACCUGAAAUAAAUUUGUUAUAAUUUUU